CACCUGAUGUCUAGCAGACGAUACACACAGGUGGCAUGGGAGAGCUGUAAAUAAAAUCCAUCCUCUAGAUUUAAUUAUGAGCGAACGUGUGCAGAAGGAGAGUGCCGAUGAUUCCGAUCGCGUCGACGAUGCAGUGGAUCCGCGAGUGCAGAUUGAACUUGAAAGAUUAAACACAGCUACGGACGAUAUUAAUAAACUAGAAGUUGAUUUAGAUGAAGCAAGAGCAACCUUUAGAGAAUUACUCUGUGAAUCGACAAUUAAGAUUGACGCUUUGGCUAAAAAACUUGGAGCUUGCAUUGAAAAAUCCAGACCAUACUAUGACGCUAGAUUUAAAGCAAAGGAGGCAUUACAAGAAACGCAGAAGGCUGCGAUUAGAUUUGAGAGAGCCAACAGUCAACAUUCAGCAGCCAAAGAAAUGGUUUACUUAGCCGAGGAAGGACUACGGACCGAAGGAAGAUGUUUUGAUCACGCUUGGCAGGAAAUGUUGAAUCAUGCUACGUCGCGAGUUAAUGAGUCGGAGCAUGAGAGAGCUCUCUCUGAAGCUGAACAUAGGCACACAACUGUAUUAUAUCACAAAGCGGAACACGAAGUUCAAAGGUUGCAGCGUGAAUUGAAGCGUACUAUUGCUAAAUCUAGUAUGGGUGCACGCCGCAGCUUGCUUCUGAUAAACAGUAUCGCCUACAGGCACAACUUGCUCAUGUUGCCUUACUAUGAGAUGAAAGCGCACUUUAAUCAAAUGCUGGAGGAGCAGAAGAUGAAAGUCAGUGCACUGGAGAGAUCAGUUGGCGAAGCAAAAGCUUCGUACGCGGAAGCAUUACGAAAUUUAGAAAAGAUCAGCGACGAGAUUCACAGGACAAGAAGAUACGACGGUAUGGACGAAUACGAUAAAAGUACACAAGACGCGCCCGAUUGCUCCGCUGCGCAAAUUAACACGGCGACUCCAACGGAUUCCAGUGUAACUGGAUCUCCAGACAGCACAGAUUACACUAGUGACGAAUACUUACGCCUUCCCGAUAAGAUGAGUCCGAACGUGCCAUGUCCGAUGCCUACAAGAAUCGAGAGAGAUUCAUCGUCGGAAUACCUGGGCCUAAAUAAUCUGAACCUUUCAUCCACCGAACCUCGUAAAUACAUAAAACGGGACCGUCCACGAAGUAUCGCUGCGACUGACUCGAAACAUAUCGUAUCUCUAAAUCAUACAAGUUCUUCUGCACCAGGCCUGACAGAUCUGUCGGGCAUUAUAUCUCCGGUUGAAAAGAGAGUCAAAAUUCAAACACCUGUAAACGAUCGCAAGAAUAAUUCUACUAAUUCUCAAAACGGAGAGGAGUGGACGGAAAUUAGCCUGAACAAUUCGCCGGAUGAAGUUUAUUACAAUAAUGAGGUGUAUUCCGAUGAGGAAGAUCAAAUUCCCUACAAACCGCUACCGAUGGAUCUAAGUCCAGAACUUGCUCAGACAAUUAAUGCCACCAGCGAACGGCCGAAAGAACAAACUAGUCGAAGGAGAUUAGUAACGCAAAAAUCUUUACCCACAAUGUCGAAAGUAAAUGAAGUUACCUUAAGCGAAGAGAAAAAAGCCGAAGUUACGAGAAGUCCGUCAGUAAAAAAUAGAAGCAAGCUCGAUGGUAGCUUAGCUAAUUGGAUAACUAGAAGUUCAGCCGGUGGUGAAACUAGUGGUGGUAGUUCCACGAAUUCAAGUAGAAGACAAUCUCUCGAUAUGUUGUGGAGUGGCGGUACCGGGGAACGCGUUAAGGAAUUACUUAAUCACGGCAUGAUGAUGCUAAACAUAUCUAGCUUAACGGAACGACGUUCCAGCGAACCAAAGACAGCGGAGAGAGACAAGGACAAGUCUGACAAGUCUGAAAAGUCGGAAGUUAAAGGAAAGAAAGUCCCAAGUCCGUUAGAAAAAACAAUGAGCUAUCUUAAUGCCGAUGAGGAGACGUCGGACAGCGAAAGUUUAGCUAGCGUGGAGAUGCUAACAGAGGAUCAAAUCUCUUCACUCAUGAUGGAGCCGGACAUGAAUCAAGUAUGCCAAGAGAUUCUGGGAACUCCCUUAGUCGAAGUAUGUCCGCUGUUGCAACAAUUACAGCAACAAUAGCCUUAUCGCAGAGGAAUUUGCACGACAAAGUGGCAAAGAUUCAACAAUAGAAAGUGUUCAAGAUCAUUAUAAAUCGGUAACAUAAUUAAGAUACAUCUCCUUUCUGUUACGCUACUGCAUUAUCAUACUAUGUUUCUGUCUAUUGCGUGUUGUAGAUUUUUCUGUUAUGUGAUAUAGGACAAAGCAGGGCAAAGUAAAGGUUGUAUUUCUAAGCAAUCGUCAGAUUGAUUCCGACAUUAUUUAUGGGUUUUACUCGGUAUUAUCAAGUUAUUUUAUUAGUUAGAAAAGUAAUAUUUAUAUGCUUAGAGAAUAUAAUCGGUUAAGGCUUUUAAUCAAUUCAGAACUUGCGUUAAAAAUGUCUCAUUAGCUUCUCGGGCACUACAAAGCCUAACGUCAUUUUUUGUGGAUACGCUUACAUGAUAUUUCAGCUUGUGAAGAGUGUUUUCGAACUUAUUCUAUAAAAUCUUUCUAACAUUUAAGAUUUGGUAAAACUAUGAAACAUCAGUCGCUGAGAAAGCAAUAUGUAGUCACUUUUCUAGGAUAUUGUGUAGUUUAAUCUAGAUACUCAUACACAAAUUUAUUCCAAGUCGCAUCGACUAUUUUUUGCUUGCCUUUACAUGCGACUAUUAUCACGUUAAAAUCUCUCGGAGCGUUUAACAAAUAUAUUAGAAUAUUGUGCUAUCACAGCGAAAUAUCAAACAAUCUAGACAAAUUAGGUGAAUAAAACAAGGAUUAUAUUCACCACGCUACGUUCAAAGAUAAUCGAAGGUUUAAUAAGAUCCAUUUCUAGUAAUGUAGAUUAACUGUAAUUUUGAUUUAAUUUAUUCUUUAUCUUUUUCUAAUUUUUUGAACUAGAGAAGAUAAAGGUAAGUUAAUCCGAGAUUAAAGUUAAUUUUUGUUGGUAGAAAUGGACACAGGAUAAGCACUUCCUUGUCUCUCUCUAUCUCUUCUUCAUCAAAAUACGGUCGGUCGGUCCACUAAGUUACUCGCGAAGCGUACAACCGAAAGAAAAAAAAAACAUAUAUAGAAAGUUACAAGAUGCCAAUUAUGACUGCGAUGGUCAGAUUAUCUUUAAUGCGGAACAUACUGUAUAUAUAAGCGUAGCAUAAUAAUAACAAUUCUAAACGUACAUAAGUCUAUGCGCAAAACGUACUGUUGGCAUCGUAAAUACCUGAAGAGUACUCGUUUUGAGUUCCAUUAAUAUAAUUCGUUACGCGAAGCUAUUCGAUCAGUGACAGCACGUUUUGAGCACAGAUCAGGAUUUUCGCGGCUUUUUGGCAAUCAUGCUGUUUCAUAUACGAAGCUUCGCGACAGUAAGACAGUAGUCACUCCAGUCAGGUUGAGCAAAAUAUUUUUCAAUAUUUUUCGUUCUGACGCGAGGCGUGCCUGUCAAUAAAUAUCUUACGGGUGUUCCGAGAUCGCUAUGCGAAAAGCGAAUGUUAUACAAGUUAUUAUGAACAAAAUAGUCUGGAUAGUCGAAUGAUACUCGAUGAUGGUAAUAAUAAUAGAUCGAAGGCUUGCUCGAACGGAUUCAGACACUCGGAAUGAGUGAAAUUUAAACGUAGUUCCAUCAUUUUUAUUGCUGCGUAUUGUGAUAUAGCUCUUAGCGAUUUUAGACAUUCAGUUUUGGAUUUUCCAAUUGUCGAACGAAAACAUUAGUGCAAAGGAUGCAUGCAAUAUGCUAU